UGGGCUCAGUGUGCCCAUCUCCUCUCGGACUUGAAAUUAAUCUCACAUUAUUUAGGCUAAAAGUGGCCGCUCGCACUAUGGAUGCUACUAUUUAUGAGAUCAUAUUUGGAGAGCUCGGGGACCUAAAUUGUAGUUUAAUGGAGGCUUUCCAGGACACUUUUUCGGAAAACGCUUCAUUGUCAUUGCUGAGCGCUGAUGGUUUAUAUUGCAAUGCCACCACCGAUGAGAUUGGAACCUGCUGGCCGCGGAGCAGCAGUGGCAGGAUUGUAGAGAGACCUUGCCCUGAGUACAUUAAUGGGGUGAAGUACAACACAACGAGGAGCGCUUACAGGGAAUGUAUGGAUAAUGGGACAUGGGCACUGAAGAGUAAUUACUCCAGUUGUGAACCCAUUUUGGAGGAAAAGAGAAAAUAUCCGAUGCAUUAAAUAGCGCUGAUCAUCAACUACUUAGGCCAUUGUAUCUCUGUGGGAGCUCUUGUCGUGGCCUUCAUUCUCUUCUUGUGCUUAAGGAGCAUACGAUGUCUGCGAAACAUCAUACACUGGAACUUGAUCACCACCUUCAUACUGAGGAAUGUUAUGUGGUUGCUUCAGCUGAUUGACCACAAUAUCCAUGAGAGCAAUGAGCCUUGGUGUCGCUUAAUUACAACAAUAUACAACUACUUUUUGGUGACAAACUUUUCUGGUGUUGUUGAGGGAUGCUACCUCCACACAGCCAUUGUAAUGACGUAUUCAACAGAUAAGCUGAGAAAGUGGGUCUUCCUCUUUAUCGGGUGGUGUAUUCCAUGUCCUAUAAUUGUGGCUUGGGCCAUAGGAAAGCUGUAUUAUGAAAAUGAACAAUGUUGGUUUGGUAAAGAACCUGGAAAAUAUAUGGACUACAUUUACCAAGGACCAGUUAUUCUUGUGCUUUUGAUAAAUUUUGUUUUCCUCUUCAAUAUAGUUCGAAUUCUUAUGACCAAACUAAGAGCUUCAACCACAUCAGAAACAAUACAGUACAGAAAAGCCGUGAAAGCAACACUAGUCUUGCUGCCUCUACUUGGCAUCACCUACAUGCUCUUCUUUGUGAAUCCGGGGGAGGAUGACAUCUCACAAAUUGUGUUCAUCUAUUUCAACUCCUUUCUACAGUCUUUUCAGAGGUUCUUUGUGUCAGUGUUUUACUGCUUUCUAAAUGGAGAGGUUCGCUCAGCAGUAAGAAAACGAUGGCACCGCUGGCAGGACAACCACGCUCUUCGAGUUCGAGUGGCACGAGCCAUGUCUAUCCCAACAUCCCCAACCAGGAUUAGCUUCCACAGCAUCAAACAGACCACAGCUGUGUGAUCACAGAAACAAACCCACAAGCUCCAGACUGACUCCUCCAGCAAGGUCACCGUUUGUCCAGUGCAACUAAGGAGCCAUGGAAUUUAUUCUGCCUGGUGACAAAAGUACAUUUUAACUGCACAAAAAUCACAUGAAAUUAUUGAUAUGAGGUAUUGUGUAUGAGGUACAGGGGCUGCGUUUUUCUGAAGACUGCAGUAUUCAAAGAAAUGGGAUCAUCGUCACAUCACAGCAGGUAACUCUAUAAUUUUUUUUUAGUGUUGUUGUCACUGGCAUCCAACUGCCUAGUGGUUAUUAGUACUUGAAAUUUGACUGCUCAUGAUGUAUUUAUACGUUGCCAAAACUGCCAUUUGUAUCUAUUAUAAUAAAAAUGCUAAAAUGCUUUUUGAGUUACCUGCUCUUUAUCAACAGCUUAAUUUGUCAUAAAGAGGCUUUUGGGAGGAAGAAAACAGAAAACAGCACAGAGUAAAAAGAUUUAACUGAGACAUUGCUCUCUGAAGUGAACAGAGACUGAAAACACUUCAACCUAGAGUCAUCAAAUGCUUUUUACUAAAACACAAUUUCAACACAUGAUGUGUUUUGGUUAAUGUGAGGUGCGGCUAUUUUAUACAAACAAGCCAUUUUAAGGAGCCUUUAUAAUGUGUCAUUAAAAAAAACAAAAAUAAAAAACAUUUGUCUUCUUUUUCUUUCAUACAUCUUUAUACUUCUACUGCUGUAAACAUUGUUAAAAUAUAUGUUUUCACAACUAUUUUUACUUCCCUAUUGUUAGACUUGGCUUUUUUUCCCCCCACUUUCUUACUGUGAAAGGAGGGUGCCAACAUAAAGAGCAAUUUAACGUGUUAUGUGUUUGAACUCCCCGAGGCUGAUAGAUGAGCAUUCCCAAGUCAGACCCCUCUUCCAGACGAGUAAAGAUAAGAUUAUAUACAUUAUUUUAUGGCUCUAAGUGUUCUCAUUUAUAUAACCUGUUAAGUGCUGUGCAUGGAUUUGUCAUGCAGGCACAGCAGGAGCAGAUUAAAUUCUUUUGGCUUUAUGAAAUCCUUGUGGCUUCCUUAUAAUCAGUGUCACAACUAAGCUUCUGGGUCAAAGGAAGAGGAGCUUGACAAAGUGAGGGCCGAUCCGUUUCCUAAACCCUUGAUCUGGUGAGAUCAACCUUCUGCCUGCCUGUAACCCCAGCAUUUAGAUCUCCUGAGGCUUCUCACACAGUAAUAAUGGAAACAGCCAUGUAAGGAUAAGCGGUAAAAAUGGUGGAGGUAAUGUUUGUUUUGAAAAGGUUUAGGAAUCAAAAAUAUGAAUUACAGAAAGCUUACAUUUUGAUUCAGAUAUUCCUUUGUGUGUUGCUAAAUUAACUGCACCACAUUUGAGGUAAAUGCACUAAUUGCCUGUCUUGCAGAGUGAUGGAUGGCAAAAUAGGUACCACUCACUUCUGUCAGAUUUUUUUUUUUGUAACAGUAACACUUACACUUAAUGCUGUAGUUGAGCUCUGAAGGAGUCAUUAAGAAGAUUUUGUGAGCUUCAGACAGAAAGUGUCUCACUUUCCCCAUAUAUUAUUUAUUUAUUUAUUAAUUUAUGUAUUUAUUUUAGAUCAUAUUUGCAUUUAUAUUGGGGUUUGUAUUUAAAAAUGUCACAUAAAAUAUACUGAAUUUAUUUCCAAGACUGAUCUAAUGUGAGGAUGUUGUAUAGAACAUAAAAUAUUUAAUCAUCUUAUUGUAAAAAGUACAUUUGUAUUUGGUAAACUUUUGCUACAUUACAACAUUAAUUUUGAUUGUUUUCAUUUUUGCUGUUGCUGCUUGAUGUUAGCUGGUAAAUACUGAUCACUUCUCAUUAUUUACCCAUUAAUACUGUGUAUAUAUAUUUGUAAUCAAGGGCAUCACAAUUUACCUACAACAUUGCACACCCUUCCAAGACUUAAUUAUGUUACCCUAACACAAAAAGUACUACAUGACAUUAGAACUGUGAAAUAUUUUCAUAAAGAAUUUUAAAAAAUGUGAAUAAAAUAUAAAUAAAAUAUAUUUUAUUUGAACUCACCAAAGAGAUAAAUCAUGUUUACUGACAUACUGAUUUUUUAAUUCUCUGUGUAUUUCUAUUACUUCCACUGGACUUUGCCGACCAAAUCAUAUUUUUUAUUUUGUACAUCAUUUGUUGUACAUGAAGUGUAUUCAGUGCUGUUUGAUGUCAGACAUAAUUUUAUAUAUAUAAAAAAAACCUCUUUGUUGAACAACCCAGGUUGCCUUAUAAACAAAAGAAAAAGCAUUUUUGUGGAAAUGAAGCUAUUGUCUCUGUACUGUAAAUGAUGUAUCUUUGUGUUACUUGUAUACACUUGGACUGUACAUGUAAAAAAAAAAAUUUUGAUUAAAAUUGUACUUUAAAUUAUAUAUUAUACGACAUACUUCUUUGAGCUUUUCACA